CGCUCUGCAUUUAUUGACUGACUCCAUUUUGUGUGAGGAGCUGUUCGCACGCACAGGCACGACACAUUCACAGGAGAAACAUUAAACAGAGUGGUCUUUGUUUUAAAGAGGAUGAGCGGUUGUCGUAUUUUCAUCGGUCGGUUAAACCCCUCUGCGCGGGAGAAGGACGUCGAGCGCUUCUUCAAGGGCUACGGCAGAAUCAGAGACAUCGACCUCAAACGAGGCUUCGGUUUUGUGGAAUUUGAUGAUCCAAGAGAUGCCGAAGAUGCUGUUUAUGAGCUUGAUGGAAAAGAGCUCUGCAAUGAGAGAGUGACCAUUGAACAUGCACGCGUUCGUCUGCGUGGAGGCCGAGGAGGUCGUGGGGGUGGAGGACGUUUCCCUGCUCGAUAUGGUCGUGGCUCUCAGGACAGCCGAAGGAACCCUCCGCCAAUGCGCACCGAGAAUCGCCUCAUCGUGGAGAAUUUAUCAUCAAGAGUGAGCUGGCAGGAUUUAAAGGAUUUCAUGAGACAAGCUGGAGAGGUUACUUUUGCAGAUGCCCAUCGGCCAAAUCUUAAUGAAGGCGUGGUUGAGUUUGCUUCUCAUAGUGAUCUGAAAAAUGCCCUGGAGAAGUUGUCUGGGAAGGAGAUCAAUGGAAGGAAAAUCAAACUUGUUGAGGCGUCCAGGAAAAAAUCCAGAUCUCGCUCUCGCUCGAACAGCUCAUCCCGUUCUCGUUCCCGAGGCCGCUCCGCUUCCCGCUCUCGAAGCCGCUCUCGUUCUCACAGCCCUAAAUCUCACAACCGCUCCAGAAGUCGCUCCCGUUCAGCCAGCGCUUCUCCUGUGCGGCCCAAAGAAGCUCCUCGUCCUGAAUCAGCAUCUCCUCCAACUUCAGCACAGCAUCCACCCCGUUCUCGCUCUCGAUCCCGCUCCCGAUCCCGCUCCCGAUCUCGUUCCCGCUCUCGCUCCCGAUCUCGCUCCCCAUCCACUGACAGCCGCCAUUGAGUCUGAGGAAGUCCCAUCACAGCAAUAUGUCCUGUCUUCUGGUCAGUUUAGGUCCUAGAAAAGGAGGGGCAGAUUCUCUCCAUGCCAGGAGUUUUACAACACAGGCUUUGAUGGUAAAUGAAGGGUAUUUGACAGCAGAGUUGCUUUAAAUCAGGACUAUACAGCUGUUUGUUUUUGUUUCUUUUUUUUAAUGGGUUUUCUCACCCACAAAUGAAAAUUUACGCUCGUUUUACUCAGCCUCAAGGGAAUUCUCCAUUUCUUUGGGAAUUGGGCUAAUUUUACAAGUCACCUAAAGUUUAAACAGCCUGGUUUUGCCAUUUUUUUAAUCCAUUCAGCCAAUCUCCAAGUCUGGCGGGAGCACUUUUUAGCUUAGCUUAGCAUAAAUCAUUGAAUCAGAUUAGACCGUUAGCAUCUCGCUCAAAUUCAAAAAAAGAGUUGAUGAUUUUUCUAUUUAAAGCAUGACUUUUCUAUUGUUACAUUGUGUGCUAAGACUGACAGCUGCUAUUUUCUAGGCCAAUAUGAAUAGAAACUAUACUCAAGCUUUAAAUAGGAAAAUUAUCAAAAGUGGUUUUGCUAAUGGUCGAAUCCGAUUCAAUGAUUUAUGCUAAGCUAAUAGUGUCACCAGACCUGGAAAUAAUCUGAAUGGAUUAAAAGAAGUUUAAACUCCACUGUUGACUUAAGGUUCGUUAUAGAAUGAGCCUACUUCCAAAAAAAAAGCAGAGUGUUCCUUGAAGUGGUUCCAAUACAUUUGAGUUUUGUUUUUCUGUUGAACAAAUGAAAUAUUUUAAAGAAUGUUGGAAAGCCGUUGGCAUCUGCAGUAGGAAUACAUACUGUUAAGUCAAUGGCUACUAGUUUCUAAUUAUUCUUCAAAAAAUGUGUGUGUGUUCAGCAGAAAAAGAAACUUAAACAGGCUUGAAACCACUUGAGGGUGAGUAAUUGAUGGCCUGACUUUAAUUUUUGGGAGAUUUUUACUUUUAAGUUCAUGUCUGAAGUGUGUAGAAUUGUGAUUUGAGGUUUAAGGUUGAGAUUCUGUAAUUGUAUAAAUACAUUUAUGGACAAGUCAAUAAGAUGGGUUUCAGUUGCUUUGACCAUGAAUAAUGCAAAGUAUUAUGAGAAGACAGACAUUUAGCAACUCAUAAAGGUUUAUGGUUACAAAUUCCAAGAUCCGAAUGAGAAGCAAAGCAAGUAGUCUUGUGAUUUCAGAUCUAAAUAAUAAAUUGAAUGUCUUGAGUUUCUGAUACUUUGCAGGUCAUUCUGAUACACUAAUCUUUAAAUAACUGUUUAUUUUUGUUACGUGAUUGGUUGAUUGAUUACAUGUGCAGAUUGUUUGUAAUGUGGAUGCUUAAAUUAUAAUUGAAGUCAAAGAAUUAACUGAGUUUCCUCCACAGUGCAUGAAUAAAGAAAUCUUGUUCUCCAUUAGUGAACCCCUAGCCUGUUCAUAUGUGUUUAAUUUCUCAUUGUGUAUACACAUUUUAGUGUGGUAUUUUUUUAAAUGGAAUUGUUUUGGGGGGGGUAGUUCUUUUAUUUACACAACCGAAUGAGAUUUUGAUAUGUAUUACUUCAGGUUCUGUCUGGAUAUGUUUUGAUGCAUGUUCUUCAUUUAUUUGAAUAUGAAUCACCUUUCUGUACCAUGAUGGAAAUAUUAUAUAAGAAAAUGCUUUUGAACAUUUAUAAGGUUUGUGUAGCACUGUAAUAAUAAUAAAAAAUAAAAUGUUCCUCGAAA